CUGCUGCUUCAGCCCUGGUCCAAUCCGAGCAAGCAAGGAGUGACGACCGGGAGAGCAAAGGAAGCGGCGGGCAGAAUGUCGAUGGCGGAAGGCGCACUCCCUUCCAACCUUCCUCCAGACCUCAGCCACUCCAUCGCUCGCGUUCUCUCGCAGAGGCAAGCUGGACCUUCCAAAGGCAGCAGCAGCGACGACGACGCGUCGACGUCUGCCUUGGUGGCGCCCUCGUCGCUGGAGCCGCCUUCGCUGACGGCGCAGCUCACCCAGCUGUUCCCCACUGCCGAGUCCAUCUCGCCGCUUCAGGUCGAACGAAGGCAAGCCGAGAUUCGCCGUGAGCUGGCAGAGCAGGAGCGACGAAUCGAAGAGCUCGUUGCAGACCUCUUUCGACGCCAGCAGCAGCAGACACAGACGCCAAAUGGUGUUGGCGCUGAUGCCGGCCCCAAUGGAAGCCUCUCGACGGCCACCGUCGAGGCACGGGUAGAGGUGCUGCUGGAUCAGUUGGCUACCAUUCGGGAAAAGGCGAGAAAGAGCGAAGAGGUGGUUCGGGAAAUCACGCGGGAAAUUCGCAACCUCGAUACAUGCAAGCGAAACGUCGUCGCGAGCAUGACAGCCCUCAAGCGGCUGCAGAUGCUCGUCAACGCAGUCGCACAGCUCGAGAGGCUCACCAAAGCUUCUCGCUUCCGCGAGGCCGCAUCGGCCCUCUCCGCUGUCAAGUCUUUGCAAUCUUCCUUCAAGGGCUUCGCAGGCGUCGAGAGAGUGGCCAGCGUUCAGCGAGAAGUCCUAGACCUGCAGCGGGAAGUGGGAGAGAAGGCAAAGACGGAAUUUGAGAACCAUUUUACCCAGGACACCGGCCGACCGCUACGCACGACGAUGGUACCUGACGCAGCCCUGGUCAUAGACGCUCUCGGUGGCGAGGCAAGGACUUCCAUCAUCGACUUUUACACCAAUUUUCAGCUUCGAGAGUACCGCCGCAUCUUCCGAGCUACUGACGAGGCUGGCCAGCUCGACAAUGUGUCGAGGAGGUUUGCUUGGUUUCGGAGGAUCCUAAAGGUCUACGACGACGACCACGCAACAAUGUUUGAAGAGGCGCCGAUCAAGAGCUGGGGGGUGGCAAAGGAACUCACCCGAAAGUUCACCGAAGUGACGAGGGAGGACCUGCGCAGUGUCUUGAUCCGCAGCCAAGGGCGGGUCCAAGUGCCUGUAUUGCUCGAAGCCUUACAUGCGAGCAUAGAGUUCGAGAAGAGCAUGAGUCGGCGAUUCCAGCUUCCUUUUGUCGAGAUCUCAGGAUCGUCGGCACCUUCCAGCUCGACUGCUAGCUCGGCACCACAGACAACGCUCUCAUCGGCAUUUGACCCUUACCUAACGCUUUUCGUCGAAGCGCAGGACCGGACGCUUCAGGACAUGCUCCUGAGCUACCGAAGACAGGGCGCAAAGCUCCAACGGACUUCUUCCGACGAACCAAUGGGCAAAGAUGGAGGGCACGACACGGUGCUGCCGUCGAGUACCGACCUCUUUUACUUCUAUCGACAGGUCAUGGAGCAGUGUGCCAACCUCAGUAAUCGCGAGCCUUUUAGAGAGCUUUGCUUCGUCUACAAGAAGCAUCUGAGGGCCUACGCUGACGAGGUUCUCAAGGCUGCUCUGAUGCGAUCUGAUCCCGCGCCGCGGCGCUCCCUCGACACUAGAUCCAACGUCGCAGACUUGCAGCGGAGCUGCUUGAUUAUCAACACAGCCGACUACUGUGCCAACACAUCGAAGCAGCUGGAAGACAAGCUCAAGGAAAAGAUUCACCCCGACUUUGUGGAGGGUGUCGAUCUGAGCACAGAGCGCGACGUCUUCCUCUCCAUCAUUGCUGCAGGUGUGCAGACGUUGACUAGGGAGCUAGAACUGUCGCUCGAAUCGUCCUUUAACCAGAUGAUGCGGCCGCCAACUCCCUGGACCCAGCUCGAGAGCGUGACAACCAAGAGCCCGUACGUCGACGACUUUGCCAGCGCGCUCGAGCAUGUUGCUGUGGUUGUCAGGCAAGAUCUGGAAAGCAAGAGAUACGUCAGGAGCUGGUGCGACAAGGUUGUCGGAGUCGUCUUGGCGAAAUUCACCUUCAACAUCGUGAAGCUCAAGCCACUGUCAAAGAUCAUGGCCGAACAGCUCCUGACCGAUACGGCCGACAUUCGGGUGAGCCUAUUGGAGCUACCGCGGUAUUCGCUAUCCGAUGAGGGCAGUGCGACGGCUGCCAUGUCGUACAACCGCUACGUUUCAAAGGGCGUGUCAAAGAUCGAGACGCUGCUCAGAAUGCUCAUGACACCAGACUCGCCGCCUGAAGAACUCAUCGAAGCGUAUAUGCGCCUCGUCGGCGAUCGGUCCUUCUCCAAUUUCCAAAAGAUACUCGAGCUGAAAGGGAUCCGGAAGGUGGAUCAGAAUGCCGUCCUGGAUUCCUUUAUCAGUCAAACGGGCCAGAGGGAUGAUCUGAGCGAUUCGAGUUUCUUGACGAGUCUAGACAUGGAUGUGUCUAGCUCGGCAUCGGCAAUGCAGACGCCCCAACCAUUUUUCUCAUUUGCGGGCGAGGGUUCCGGCACACCGACAGGCUCUUCACGCUACGCAAGCCUCACCCUCGGAGGUCUCGGUGGCAUCGGCGCAGCAUCCAAUGCACCAUCGACGGGGCCGGCUUCUGUUUCAUUAGACUCUCGUCUCAGGAGCCCGCCGCAAAGCGACGUGGGUGCUGGUGCCCAAAAAGCAUUCAGUGAUCUCAGGAGAUUUGGCUCGCUCUUAGUCGGAAGGAGGGACCCGAGCAGCACUAGUAGCGAGCCGAGAAGAUAGAUUGUCCUGUACUCUUCUGCAGUCAUGCCAAUUCGUUCCCUUUGGGAUGCUUGUCAAAUCGGCCGACCACUGUAUCGGCCGAUGAGCUUCUUUUGCGAGUGGAUCAGCGCGCUCCCUCUCUCUAGAGCGUGCAUGAAUCUCCGGGCUAUAUUCUCCGAGAAGUCCGUCAAGAAAAUAUUACUCCGGCUUCACGGAGAAACGCGGAAAUUUAAAG